AAAUGAGAGCGAUAAAUAAAGCAGGAAGGUAAAACGAAUAAAUCAUACCCCUUAUGCAGUAGUUUUGAAUAAAGGCAAGGGAAAGGAAAAGAAAGAAAAGAAAUGUACAACCAGUGUUCAGGUAUUACGUCAUCCACUAUCCCCGCCAAAAGGAAGAGAGAAAAAUCUAAUCACAACAACAACAAUAACAAUAAUAAUAAUUAUAUUAAUUAAUCCAUUCAGAGCCUCUCCCAAUCAAGAAAUAAACACCCAGUUCACCACCCGAUCUCCCUUAAGGCUACAAGUAGAUGCAACUAGAAUAAUGGCGAACAUAGGAGUAAAUUCGCUCCAAGGCAAUGGAAAUGGCCAGAACCCCACUGGCGAAUUCUGGAAGGGAAGAUCCGAUCAAAAUCCUCGCCCGACCCGUGUGGGCGAAGGCCAUCGAAGCCCAUGGAUGCCCGUGGAAGCUAUGACUUGCUAGAAGUUUCGCUGGAGCAGAAACUCACCGCCCACCACUAUAUCAACUGUAGUGCUCGCACAAUCUCUGCCUUCCCCUCUCUCACACAUUAAAUUUUUUUUUUCUCAUUGACUUACUGGGUCUCAUCCUCUAUAGACAGGAGACAACUCUGUACAUUACCUGCACACUAUUUGAUUCCCCCUCCGUUAACGAAUUUCUUUCCUCUCUUAUCACCUUUCUUUAACGAACUACCCCUCCUAGUGUUUUCACAAUGGCCCCCGCUGUCGGUAUCGAUUUGGGUACCACCUACUCCUGUGUGGGUGUGUUCCGUGAUGAUCGCAUUGAAAUCAUUGCCAACGACCAGGGUAACCGUACCACCCCUUCCUUUGUGGCUUUCACCGAUACCGAGCGUCUCAUCGGUGAUGCCGCCAAGAACCAGGUCGCAAUGAACCCUCACAACACUGUCUUCGAUGCUAAGCGUUUGAUCGGUCGUCGUUAUGCCGAUGCUGAGGUCCAGUCUGAUAUGAAGCACUGGCCCUUCAAGAUCGUCGACAAGGGUGGCAAGCCCAUCAUCCAGGUCGAGUUCAAGGGUGAGGAGAAGCAAUUCACUCCCGAGGAAGUCUCCUCUAUGGUCCUGACCAAGAUGCGUGAGACCGCUGAGGCCUACCUUGGUGGUACUGUCAACAACGCCGUUAUCACUGUCCCCGCCUACUUCAACGACUCUCAACGUCAGGCUACCAAGGAUGCUGGUCUCAUCGCCGGUCUGAACGUCCUCCGUAUCAUCAACGAGCCUACUGCCGCUGCCAUCGCCUAUGGUCUUGACAAGAAGGCUGAGGGCGAGCGCAACGUCUUGAUCUUCGAUUUGGGUGGUGGUACCUUCGAUGUUUCUCUCCUGACCAUUGAAGAAGGUAUCUUCGAGGUCAAGGCUACUGCUGGUGAUACUCACCUUGGUGGUGAGGACUUCGACAACCGUCUUGUCAACCACUUCGUUAACGACUUCAAACGCAAGAACAAGAAAGAUCUCACUACCAACGCACGUGCCCUCCGUCGUCUCCGUACUGCCUGUGAGCGUGCUAAGCGUACACUUUCUUCUGCUGCCCAGACCUCUAUUGAAAUCGACUCUCUCUUUGAGGGUAUUGAUUUCUAUACCUCGAUCACCCGUGCCCGUUUUGAGGAACUCUGCCAGGACCUCUUCCGCGGUACUAUGGAGCCCGUUGAACGUGUCCUCCGUGAUGCCAAGAUCGACAAGUCCUCUGUCCACGAGAUUGUCCUGGUGGGUGGUUCUACCCGUAUUCCCAAGAUCCAGCGCCUUGUCUCCGACUUCUUCAACAAGGAGCCCAACAAGUCUAUCAACCCUGAUGAGGCUGUUGCCUACGGUGCUGCCGUCCAGGCUGCCAUCCUGUCUGGUGAUAGCUCCUCCAAGUCCACCAACGAGAUCCUGCUGCUCGACGUUGCCCCUCUGUCCCUCGGUAUCGAGACCGCUGGUGGUGUCAUGACCGCCCUCAUCAAGCGCAACACCACAAUUCCCACUAAGAAGUCGGAGACUUUCUCUACCUACUCUGACAACCAGCCUGGUGUGUUGAUUCAGGUUUACGAGGGUGAACGUGCUCGUACCAAGGACAACAACCUGCUCGGAAAGUUCGAGCUUACUGGCAUUCCCCCCGCUCCCCGUGGUGUUCCUCAGAUCGAGGUUACCUUCGACGUCGAUGCCAACGGUAUCAUGAACGUUUCUGCCGUCGAGAAGGGCACUGGAAAGACUAACAAAAUCACUAUCACCAACGAUAAGGGUCGUCUCUCCAAGGAGGAGAUUGAGCGUAUGCUUGCCGAUGCCGAGAAGUUCAAGGCCGAGGAUGAGGCUGAGGCUUCCCGUAUCCAGGCCAAGAACGGCCUUGAAUCUUAUGCCUACUCCCUCAAGAACACCAUCAACGAGGGCAAGCUCACCAUCUCUGACGCCGACAAGGAGACAGUCACCAGCAAGGUCGAUGAGAUCAUUAGUUGGCUUGACAACAAUCAGACCGCCACCAAGGAGGAGUACGAAUCUCAGCAGAAGGAGCUCGAAGGUGUUGCUAACCCUAUCAUCUCCGCUGCUUAUGGCGGUGCUGCUGGCGCUGCUCCUGGCGGUGCCCCUGGCGGUGCCCCCGGUGGCUCCACUCGUACCGCUGACGAGGUUGAGGAGAAGCCCGAGGAGCUUGACUAA